AUGUCGAAGGUCUUGACUGUUUUCGGUGCCACGGGCAACCAAGGCGGCUCCGUCAUCCGAGCUGUCCUCGCUGAUGCGGUGCUGUCCAAGGAUUUCAAGAUCCGCGGCAUCACUCGCGAUGCAACCAAGCCCGCUGCAAAGGCACUGGCAAAGAAAGGUGUUGAUGUGAUCUCUGCCGAUAUGAACUCGAAGGCUUCGCUCACCGAUGCCCUGAAAGGCUCCCACACUGUCUUUCUCGUCACGACUCCCGAUUUCAUGUCUGGUGGCGGAACUCAGGAGCAGACUCAUGGCAUGAAUGUUACAGAUGUCUCGUCUGAAGUUGGAGUAAAACAUCUCAUCUACUCUUCUCUGCUUCACGUUACCGAGACAACUAACAGACGCCUCAAGCAUGUCGUCCACUUUGAUGACAAGGCUGAGGUGGAACGUUAUAUUCGCUCAAAUGGCAUCCCGAGUACUUUUGUGCUACCUGGGUAUUUCAUGAGCAACUUUACUGCAUUGCAGAUGAUUAAAAAGGGUGACGACGGUGUUUACUCACUCGCCUAUCCUGUGGGCGACAAGGCCAAAUUCCCACUCGUCGAUGCUGAGUCUGAUAUUGGAAAAUUCGUUGCCGCGGCCAUUCACCAUCAGCCCAAGGUAUUGGGCAGCCAGAUUCUAGCUGCAGCCGACUACUAUACUCCUACACGCAUUGUAUCCGAAUUUGAAGAAGUGACAGGAAAGAAGGCCCGUUUCGUCCCCAUCGAUGCGGCGACAUACAAGAGCUUCCUGCCGGGGCCAUUGGCCGAUGAGAUGCUCGAGAACCACUUGUUUAUCGAAGAACCAGGAUAUUACAACGGUCGAGAUUUGAAGGAAAGCUUGGACUUGCUUGGGAGUGUCGGACUGAAGCCUACGAGCUGGAAGGAAUUUGUGACCGCCAACAAGGCCGCUUUUCAGUGA